AUGAUGAUCCCGCGGAUCAGGAGCGGACCGACUGUGGAGGCCGACAUCAAUGGGUUGACGAGGGUGCUGGACGAGCUGACCUUGGCCAGAUCUGACCUAGAGAUGCAGAUUGAAGGACUUAGAGAGGAGUUGACCCACAUCAAGAUGAACCGCGAGGAGGACCUCUUGGCCAUGCAUAAUCAGAUGAGCGGCCAGAUCAACGUGGAGGUGAACGCUUCACCACAGGAAGACCUCACCAAAGUCAUGGCUGAAAUCCGCGACCACUACGAGGCAGUCGCUAACAAGAACCGUGAAGAUCUGGAUGGCUGGUUCAAUGCCAAGACCGAGGCACUGAACAAGGAGGUUGCAAUUAGCACAGAAGUUAUCCAAUCGUCCAGAUCUGAAAUUUCAGAAGUCAAAUGCACAGUGCAGAGACUUGAAAUCGAACUUCAAUUACAAAUGAGCAUGAAAUCAUCCAUGGAAAAUACCCUCGCAGAGACAAAGAACCGUUUCUCCAUGCAGCUGUCGGGUUAUCAGAAGCAGGUCACCAGCAUGGAGGAACAGUUGGGAAAUCUCAGGGCUUACCUGGAGCAUCAGGGACACGAAUUCCAGAUGCUGCUGGACAUCAAGACCAGGCUGGAGAUGGAGAAUGCGGAAUACAGGAGAAUACUGGAAGGAGAGGGUAGUGUGAGCGGUGGAAUGUCCUCCAGCAUGACCAUGAUGGGGAAAGUAGUGAGCGGCAGGGAUCGUCUGAGUAACAGCGGAAUGUCCUCAUCCACCACAACCACGACCGUGAUCACUACGAUGGAGGAUAGAGGGGCUAGUCUGGACCUGGAGUGGGAAAACUGUUAGGACUUAAAAAUGUAUGAUAUGCUGUUGGUUUUGUGGCAGUGCAAUAUUUGAAUGUCAUUCAUCUCUUUAUAACUUAUUUGUCUUGCAGUAACAUCGGUGGAUGAUACUCCCCCACAACCAAGACAGUGACCAUGGUGGA